CCUCUUUCUCUCCUCCCCUCCUGCAACUAUUUCAUCUCCACAACCUUCCAAACGAUGAGAAUAAAGGGAAAGUGAGAUUUACAGCGUUUAUUCUCCUUCUUGUCCUCUGAUAUGUUUACAAUGAAACACUAGACAACAACAAUUCGUCUCUGGUUAAUGGGUGUCUCUCGCUUUCUUGAUUCCUCAACUCCAAAAUAUGCUUAUGGCAAUUAGCAUAGAUUCUUCUGUCCAAUUUAAACAACAGAUUGAAAAGUUUUUUUUCAUCCAUGGCUUUUGUUGAGAUGAAGACUAAGCUGGGGAGUCUUUAUCAUCAUCAUAUUCCUUCUUCUUGUUAUAGUGGAAACUUGCUGUUCGGGUUUUUGGGUAUCGGAUAUGACCAUGGUUCCUGCUGAAAACCUUUCUAAACAACAUCAUCUUCCUCACGGAGGCGGCGGUGGUUUUUAUGGUUUUUGUGGUAGCGGUUAUACAGAGAGUUUUGAUCUUAUGAACCGUGUUCAGGGCUAUGAUGACUAUAACAGUGAAUCUUGCUUAGGAUCUGAUCUAGGUGCUAAUCCCAUGGCUGAAGAUGAAUCAAGAACUAACAGUCUUAAUGAGAUGGGCUCCAGUUCCAAGGAUAACAAUCAAGAACAAGAAGAGAGAGAUGAAGGUUGGCUCCAACUCAGUAUAGGGGGUCAAGCAACAAGGUAUGAUCACAACAAGCAUGACCAGGGUGAUCCAAUGGCAAGCAGAGGAGGGUUGAUCGAGCUUGAUCUAUUACCUGUUGGUAGCUCGCAACAAGCAAGGUCAUCAGCCCCUAUUUUUCAUAUGCCUGAGUUUCGAGCUCCACCACGUCCACCGGUUUUGCAUAGUUUUAGUACUUCUUUAUUCUUUCAACACCAACAAGGAAGCAGCUCCACCUUCCCUCAUGGAGAGAUUAGCUGGGCAUUUAGGCCUAUAGCGCAAAAUAUAGCAGUAGCUCCUUCCUCCUCCUCCUCCUCCUCCUCAUUUUCUUCUUCUGUGGUGCCAUUGGGCUCCUAUUUUGCCAGACCAUUUCAGGUGCAUUCCGGAAUGGAUGUUGCCGGGCCGAGCUCGGAUGUUAGAAUCAUUGAUCCUCCUAGAAGACGCCGUUCUGGCAUUUGGUUUAUGCUACAAGCAUCACAAAAUCAAGCAAAAGAACCGUUCUUGCCUCAAAUACCAAAGAGCUACCUGAGAAUCAAGGACGGGAAGAUGACAGUGCGGUUAUUAAUGAAGUAUCUGGUUAACAAGCUGAGACUGGAUAGCGAAUCAGAGCAGGUAGAGAUAACAUGUAGAGGGCAACAGCUCCUACCUUUCUUGACGUUGCAGCAUGUAAGAGAUCAAAUAUGGAGUUCAAGAGAAGCUGUGACUUUGCUUCCAGAUACGUCAACAGCGGAUCAUCUCAUGCUUCUGCACUAUGGUAGGAGCGCUUGAGAAAGACAAUUUCUUUCUUUUUUUUUUGAUGUAUCAUUCUUAUGUUAUGGAAACCCGUCCCUUAAUUUCUUUCUUCUUUUUUUUUUCUUCUUCAAUCUCUAAUUGAUGGAGAAAAUAGUUUGGGGAUGCCCUGAAAUGAUGUUUUGCUUUUUUAGGGGCCAAUAACGUAAUUAACCAAAAUUGAAACUCCAGGCUAUGCUGGCUUGAUAUUUAAUUAUUAUCAUUUCUUUCAACUAGU